AUGACGCGACGCGUGACGCGCUCAGUGGGAACGCACCCUAAGCACUAUCUAUUACCGACCGGCGUCUUCCGAUCUUGUGGCGAAGCCGCGCCGCUUAAAACAAUUGAGGAUCCUCUCACGGUCCAGGAGCAAGGAGCAAGUGCUCUAAAGUGCUUUGCAAGCGCCUAUACAACGACAGUGGAUUUCGAACCUCUGAUGUACAAGACGGAUCUUAAAAUAAAGACUUAUACACUAUCAAAUAGUGGAGAAAAGAAAAUAUUUUUGUCAGAGCAAAUUCAUGGUUUCGAUGAAAAAAAGAUUUCAAAAACGAAGCUGUACCGGAUCAAGUGCGCGGAAGGUGAAACACCCAAGCAGGGUUCUGUCGUGGCUUAUGACAAGAAUCGAGAUAGAUUAGAGAAACUUAUUCUCAAGCAGCGUCUUGCAGGUAUUCCAUCCGUUUAUUUGGACUCCGCCUCUGAUCUGACGGAAUCAGAAAGUGAAGACUUGAGAAAAUUAGAAUUAUCAAGAGUUUCUGACAAGAGCGAGAAGAUUUUAGCAAUAAAAUUACAGAAAUUGUCGGAGCAACAUAAAUGCGAUAUGGAAAGUUUAUUCGAAAAUGAAGCAGAAUUUGACGAUGACAUCUACAUUGAAGGAGGACAUGGCGCCGCCGAAUUUGAACAGAAUUUGCAACAUGAAAAUAAUCUUAUAAUGUUCGAUGAGGCUGGCCUCACAGUAUCGGACGUAUUACUGAUGAUUUUCGGCUAUUGUUUGCGGUUUAAUGCGACUUUUGAAGGGAAAAAAGCUCUUAUUGAACUCGUUAAAAGAUUAGCAGGCCCAAAAUUCGAACAAUGGAAUGAUGACCAAUUACGAACGCAUGAGAGUCAUCUUAUGGAUAUGCAAAAGGUUAUCAAUUGCCAACAUCGGGAUAUACGGGGAGUGAAAGGAUUAUCAAUUCUUGCAACUGAUAUGCCCCAUUUUGACAGCAUUUGGGGAUUUCCAGUUGACGUGAUGCAUGGAAUAUUACUUGGACCAGUGAAACAACUAUGGGAAGCUUGGACAACUCCUGGAAGUUCAUAUUAUUUAAAUCACGCAAAAAGAAAGGCUAUUAAUGAACGCAUCAGAAAUAUCCGAGUUCCGCAUGAAAUACAUAGGUUACCGCGAAGUACUUCUGAAAUUAGCAAGUGGAAAGCUUCAGAAAGAUUAUAUUGGGCACUAUAUUAUAGUUUUCCUUGUCUGUACGGAAUUUUAGCUGAUCGCCCUUUGAAGUCUUUCAUGCUUUUGAUUCGUAGCCUUUACACCCUGUUGAAAACUGAAAUCACAGAAGCAGAAUUGCGGAGUACUGAGUAUGAUCUAUUGCAAUUUGUAGGGGAAUGUCAGAUAUUGUACGGGACAUCUGCAAUGACAUUUAAUGUACACAGUUUACUGCAUGUUGUACAAUCUGUGAAAAAAAGCGGACCGUUAUGGGCAACAUCUGCCUUUCCAUUUGAAAAUGGAAUUUAUUUAUGUAAAAAAUGGCUGAAUGGGCCGAGAAUUGUAAGCAUUCAGCUUAGUACGAAAUGGCUGCAGUCGAAUUUGAACGUUGAAAAAUGUAACGUUGAGCUACUAGGCGCAUCCGAUGAUCCACAAGACUACGAUAAAUAUCUCAUAUCUUUGGUUGUAAACAAUUUAAAUGCAAAACCAAAAUUAUUCAGCCGUUGUAAAUUUAAGAAUGCAAUAUUUCACGGCACAUCGUACUCCAGACGCACGAGAAAUGACGAUAGUAUAGUAAUGUUAAAUUGUAACAAAAUUAUUCAAAUUCGCUUAUUUGUUCACGUCAAUGGAAAAUACUUUGUGAUAGCAGCUCCUCUUACUACUACACCAGUAACAAGUCCUAUUAAAUUACCACACAUGGCAGAAAUACUCGAAGUAGGAAAUGAUUUUCAAAUGUAUGACAUUGAUGCCAUAAAACGGAAACUCGAUAAUCGCGAUAAUAACAGAAAGAAAAUCGACAAUGAACGUAGUAAAUCCGUGACGUCCAAUAAAGUUACGAAAAAGGAUUCUCCGUGUGAAAGAGGAAUAAAAAAAAAUAUUGUUAUUGACAAAGAAAAUGACGAUGUCAGAAAAGGAAUUACGCCAUUGCCUAAGAAAGGAAUGGAUAUAAAGAGCAAUGAAAAUACCACAAAAAGGGAACUGGAUGAUACAUCGUUACCGAGCAGCAUCAAAAAACCAAGAAUAAUUGAAACGAUGAUAAUAAAGAGUGCUUCACCCAAGUUACUGGAAAGAAAAUCAAAUGCGCUGAUUACUGGAACGCAGAGACCGUCCAUCAAACCGGCGAAUGAUCCAACACUAGAUAGAACGUUGGAAGACUUACGAAAGCAGUAUGCUGCGGAGAAGAAAAAAGUGAAGCAACUGAAUACCGCUUUAGAGUUGGUCAAGGUUGAAAAUGAUAAUUUAAAAGCAAUGAAUGUGGAGAUGACGGGACUGAAUAUAGAAUUGCAGAAAACUGUUAUCAGUUAUGUAAAACAAUUGACAGAAGGGGAUAACAAUGCUGUACUACUGAACCCACAGGAGAACAUUAUUAAUGCUGUUCCGUCAGUGGGGUAUGUACGCCAACAUGACAAGAAGAUCCAUCUAGGCGAAGGAGUCUGGAUUGAAAAGGGACAGUACGAUUUGUGUACUUAUCACGCCAAAAACAGUUAUCAAUUGUUUGUAAAAGAUUUAGCACUGUCCGUAUUUGGGCCAGAAGUACUGAAAAAUAGCAGCGUGACAGGCUCAGCAUCACGCAAAAAUCCAAACAAGCCAGCUUUCCCCAGACUCGAUCCAGUAAAGCUUACGGCCAUUCACAGUAAGAUUAUUAUAAUGCGAAUACAAGUCGAAAAUGAACAUCAUACUUAUGGCUCCUGA